AUGGACCCUGUGAGUGCUGCAGGUCUUGCCCUCAGCGUUGCCAGCAUAGGGUUGCAAGUCUAUACCGGCUGCAUACAAGGCAUUCAACUUCUUGUUACGGCCAAGAACUUUCCAGAAGAGUGCAAGUAUCUCAACCUCCGAUUGCGCAUGGAACAGCAGCGCUUGUUUGCCUGGAGUGAGACGUCUGGAUUGCAAGAGCUGGACGACAAGAACCAGCAAAAGAUCCUAGAGUCUAACACGUUUGUUUUACACCGCACGACGGUACUCGAUUUACUGGUGCAGAUCCAGUGUCUUUUCAAAGAAUUUCGGGACCAGCAGAAGCAGUACAAAAGGUUGCAAGUAGUAAAUGGACCUGAUGAUGCCAUGCAGAAUCCAGAACAAGAUGCAUCCGAUGCCAACUUCCCGUUACCCCAGAAACGCCGAGACUUCAUUAAAAAAGCAAUGGGCAGCCUCAGGGAGAGGACAAAAGAGGGUGCGCUUCGGCUGAAGUGGGCAUCGUUUGACAAGGAAGGCUUUGAGAAACUGCUUGCCAGGUUUGCGACUCUCAAUGAUAACAUGACUGAUAUUCUCGAUGCAAGGCUCCAAGUGGAGAUACAUCGGACCGUCCAGGACACCAACAGGGGCAUGCUGCAGUUACAUCGCAAGAUCGCAGACUUAUCACGGUUGGUCAUGGCUUUAAACAUCAAGAUGGACGCCAGUCCACAGUACGCUUCUGUACCAAUGUCCGAUACGCAGAAGCAAGCCAGAGCUGCUGAUGCUUCGGGGCUUAAGCUUGUUUCCCAACUUGCCAAGUUCAAGGCAUUCAAUGAAGCCAUCGAAUCCGAUAGGCAGAGCCCCCUGGACGAGGCAACUGCCAUGUGUCUCGAGUUAGGCAAACUUGGGCAGCGGAAAGAUCUCAUGCUGGACGUCGCAAUGAUCCAAAUCAAACCAAGUGCUGAGAGAAUCGAGUCACAGCGCUGCGAUGCUGUGCUUGAAUGUCCCAACGGAAGUCGGAAACAGAUUUGGAUCGAGUGGAAGGAGUACGCUAGGGAGACCCCCAACGAUGUCGUACCUCCCAAGCAAGUUAUUCUUGAGAGAGUGUGGAAGCUCGUCGCAUUGCUCAAUCACAGCCCCAAACCCGAAGCUUUCAGGACUCCUCACUGUCUUGGAUUCUUCGACCAGGCAUCUGCUAAUGGUGAAGAUAGCGAUGACGACGAUAUCUCAAAUCUGCGGCUGGGGCUGGUGUUCGAGCGCCCAGGCGACAACAGUCUACACACAGACAUGCCUCCUGUCAGUUUGCGUCAACUAUUCGAAAAAGACCCGAGGACAUAUCGAAAGCCCAGCGUAUCGGAAAGGAUAAAACUGGCACAUGCUGUUAGCAAUUGCCUAUUGAGCCUCCACUUGGCAAACUGGCUUCACAAGUCGUUACGCAGUGAAAAUCUGAUAUUCUUUAGCACGGCAGGGGGUCACAUUGACUAUAGCAAGCCAUAUCUCUCCGGCUUUGACUUCUCUCGUCCUGCCCGAAAAGAUGAGAUGACCGAAGUCGCUGGCGAUAAUGUGGACCACAAUCUCUACCGACAUCCCCACGCACAAACCACGACGAGUUCUGGUGAGCGCGAGCGCUUCAAGAAGAGUUUCGACAUCUACAGUCUCGGUGUCCUGUUCGUGGAAAUUGCACAUUGGGUCACGGUAGACAAAGUGCUACGGAUCGAUCUCAACAAGGCCCGCGGCCGACCGUCAAUAGUUGCGAGGGUUCAGGAGAAUCUCUUGAUGCCCGACAUGCUGGACGAAUUGGGUGGGCAUAUGGGAGAUGUGUAUCAGGAGGCGGCACGGCGCUGUAUUGCUGGUGGGAAGUGGCUCAAUCUUGUGGAGAUGGAUGAUGAGACGAACAACGAAGUUGCGGCGAGGUUGUCGCUGACGUUCUAUGAGAAAGUUGUGAAACAACUAGCGAACAUAGUUAUCUAA